AUGUCAUUGAAGAAUCGAGAAUUCGGAGCUCCCGAAUCAAUAGCCCCAACAAACAGUGCUGAUACAUCAAUCUCGAGCGAAGAAAAUGAAACAUCAUCUAAACAAUGCGGAAUUACCGUUGCCAUGAAAAAUGCACUUUUCAAUAAAGCAUCCGACCGUGACUUCAUCAUUCAAUUAGAAAACUCCAUGCUGAGUUUCAUUCAAUCUAACGAUGUAUCCUUCCAAUUGGCUCCUUUGAAUUCGUACUAUAGGCUGUUAGCUCACCAACUGGCAGAUUAUCACAAUCUGAAACAUUUUUUGACGAAAUCCAACGUAACUUCUCUGAUAAUUUUUAAAGAUGAAGCAUUCUCAUUUGAUUACAAUAAAGCUCUUCUACAAAAUUUGAAACCAACUCUCACGGAUCUAAAUUUGAUCAGCAACAAGGCACCAGAAUCACAAAAGGAUACACUCACUACAGGCAAUCCAAUUGAAACUGCACAUACCACAAAAUAUAAGCUUCUUAAAAGAACGGAAAAAAUAUCUGAAAAUGAUAAUUUACCUUCAAAUGAUAACCUACUUUCUUCAUCUUUGUCUACCUUGACUCUCCAAGACAGUAAUACUGUGGGAAAUAGUACACCCUUAAACAGUUCCGUACUCUCCUUGGAAGAACAACGGAUCGAAAGAGAAAGGCGUUAUGAACAGCGAAAACAUGAAAUAUUCGAUAAUUUAAAUAAUGACGACGAUGGAGAUGAUGAUGAUUAUGAAGGCACAAACUACAAUGGCGAUUCAAGCUUUGAGGACAACGAAUAUAAUAAAGCAAAUAACAACAAAGAAUCAGAUGCUGGUACUAGGGACGGCCCUCAUGCAGACAAUGAUAUAAGAUAUCCUUCAGAAAUAGAAUAUGCAAGUCGUGCUAUUAAGCAAGUUCAAGGCUCUACAACAUAUCGAAAACAUAGCAAUUCAAAAAAGCCGACGAGGUAUCAACAUUCAAAAAAUGAAAAUAGGAAGCAAAAGCGAAAACCACCAAUCAAUUACAAUACACCAUACUUUGUACCAAAUUAUGGUGCCCCAUUGAAUGGAUACUUAAUGAAUCCUUACAUGCUGCCAGGAGCAGGCGUACCAUCAAUACCGGAUAACCUUACGCCAGCUAUGCAACCUAGUCCCUCUUCGCAAAUGAUAGGCAAUAAUAGUUGUGGACUUAAUAAUAAGAUACACCCUCCUAUAGGCAAUAAAAUACCUUUUCCACCAACAGUACCAUACGGAACGUUUAUGUAUCCACAUAUACCUAACAGUACUUCAUACCUACCGUAUCACCACCCAUAUUAUACUACUUCGGGACAGGCACCCAUCCAGUCCUAUUCCACGCCGUAUCCCUAUCAAAUUCAACCUUCACCGUCUUAUCCAUACGUACAUUAUAACGGUCAAGUAAAUCCGCAAGCCACAUAUGGAAAUACAACAGACGAGGUAGCUAAUUCUCGAAAUACUGGUAUAAUAAAUAGUGAACUAAAUAGGAAGAAAAACUUGAUUACCGAAGAAAAUAGCGCAGCAAAAGAUAAGUCGAAAAAAUCAAAAGUUGAUAUUGAACUGGCCCCUGUUUAA